AUGUACUUCCUUACCCCACGGAAAUGUGGCCUAUUUGGUGUUUCCUGUGAAGGGCUGCAGAAACAGGUGAAUUACCUGAUUGAUGAAGGCAUGUCAUCUACUAAGGGAAGCAAUGAAGUCAUCAGCUACAUGCAUCAUUUCUUCGGCAACUUUGGAGUUGGAGAAACAGAGGUGGAUCUUCAUUGUGACAACUGCAGUGGGCAGAACAAGAACAACUUCAUGCUCUGGUACCUUGCCUGGCGGGUUGGACACAAGCUUCACGAUAAAAUUGAAAUCCACUUCCUUAUUGCUGGCCACACCAAGUUUUCCCCUGACUGUGGCUUUGGACUCAUCAAGCAAGCCUACAUGAAGACAAGAGUCAACACUUUGGCAGACAUCGCUGAGGUUGUGGAAAACAGCUCUCCUGUGAGUCACCUCAAUAUCCCACAGCUUGUUGGAAUGGCAGAGGGCAAAGUUUUAGUCCAGACCUUCGACUGGCAGCAGCAUCUGACUCACCACUUCCAUAGACUCCCACAGAUCAAGAGUUAUCAGCACUUCAGCUUUUAUGCCAAGAGACCAGGUGUGGUGCUUGCAAAAACUCACCGUGAUGCACAACCUGUCGUAUAUCAGCUACUGCGCGACGGAGCAGAUCUGCCCCCUAUCGACGGUCUUCCUGUCCUGGGCCCACCUGGACUGAACAUUGACAGGCAGACCUAUCUGUAUAUAAAAAUCAGGCCAUUCUGUGCUGACGAGGCAACAGACAUCACAUGCCCAGCUCCAAGGGUCACAACAAAGAAAAGAGACCACAGAAGAGGAUGCGAAUGUGAUUUCAUUGGACAUUGA